GAUUGAUGAGAAUUGACGGUGCGGAUGCUGGGGGCCUGCCCAAGCGGGAGAUACAGGAGUAUCAGGAUUUCCCAGCCCAUGAAGAUGCUCAGUCGGAAUCACCACUUCCCUUUGUCGAUGGCUUAUACGUGCCAGAUUGUAGGGGUGCAAAAAGCAGAACAGUACCAGGGCCGAUAAGUCUUCCAACGGGCUGAUAAGUCCGAGGACGAGACAGCGAGACGCAACAUCUCACAAGAUGCAAA